AUGAGCAGCACCGACGACACGGAGGUUGAUGCGUCGCUGCCACCGCAUGCAGUAUCAUUCGCGCUCACAGCAGUGUCUACAGUAGCUGCAACUUUUCUAGGAGGCGGCUUCUACUAUGGUAUGACCAGGCAGAAAAAAGCGCUGAUAGAGGAGGAAAAGAGUUUCGGCAAGACUCAGAGCAGUAAGAAGGAGUUUAAGCCCAAACCUGCAAAUUUCUUCGAGCGCAGAAUGGCUCUGGAUAAGCCUAUGCCGCCUGGUACGGCGGCCUGGAAAGCUCUGCUUGGAGUAACGAUCAUCACGACACACGAUCUCCAAAAACGACUGCAGAAGACCCCGCGGUCUCAUGGUACAUUGCUGUCGAAGCAACUUGAGGUUCAAGAGAUUGGAGUAAUUGAGAAAAGUGCCGUUGCGGGUGAUGUAAAGAAAGGUCAAGUCGAGCGUACGAGUGAAGAGACCGUAAUCUCUUGA